AUGAAUACAGAUAAUGGUCAAAAAAUAUUUUUGGAAAAUAAGUGUCCAAUAAACGAUUGCUACAUAACAGUAAUUAAAUCGUUAUUUCCAAGCAUAUCACACUACGAUGCAGUCGUGUUCGAUGGUAAACAAAUAUACACAACGUUUAAAUUCAUACCGAAAACCAGAUCGAGGCGUCAAAAAUAUAUUUUCUAUACAUUAGAAUCGCCAGUAUCCUACCCUUUACGCUCCAGAAGGUACAAUGGAGUCUUCAACUGGACUAUGACACCGAAAUUAAAGUCAGAUCUAUAUAACGGUUACAUGAUAGUUAAAAACAAAAAAGGUGAAAUAAUUGGACCGAAGGAAGACAUGCAUUGGUUAAAACCAGAAGAUAUGAAACCUAUAGACGAACAGUUUAUAAACGGUUUAAAAAACAAAACAUAUGCAGUUGCAUGGUACGUUUCGAAUUGUAACGCAAGAAGCAAAAGGAAGGAGAUUGCUAUACGGUUGCAAAGAGAAUUACAGUAUAAAGGUCUGGAUCUUCAUAUCUAUGGUGCUUGUCAUUGGGGAAGUGGUAUGAAGUGUUCGUUUGAUGAUGAACUGUUAUGUCUAGAUUUAUUGAGGACAAGCUACUACUUCUACCUGUCCUUUGAAAAUUCUCUAAGCGAUGAUUAUGUGACGGAAAAGUUAUUGAAUCCGCUACAGUAUCAUACUGUUCCCAUAGUGUAUGGAGGUGCUAACUAUACGAGAUUCGUACCAGACGGUGCAUAUUUGAAUGUAAGAACCCUUGGUAUCAAAAACCUGGUCCAAAAAAUUGUAGCAGCAAUAAAGGAUUCGGAUAUCUAUUACGAUUACUUUAAAUGGACCAAUCACUAUUCGUACCACCAUCCAACUGAAUCACCGGAAACUGACCCUUAUUGUGUCCUAUGUAAAGCUCUAAAUGAUGAUAACUUGGUAAAACAAACAAGUAUCUAUGAACAAUUUACAAUAUGGUGGAAUGCUAAAAUUUGUUAUGAUGCUGUAAAAAAUAUUGACAAGGAUGAUGAUUACAUUAAAGUUCGAUGUAAUAGAAAUUAA